CAAAAUUACUGUUCAUGUAAACAUAACCUCAAAACACUCACGUCAUUUUAAAACAUUUUUUUUUUCGCCAAAGAGGGGUGCCCAAGAGCAGAUCACAUACAAAGCACGAGUUAUUCUUAUUGUUUUAAUUGAAUUUUUCAAAUAAAUUUAAAAUAAAAAUGUUUGGUGGACAACAACCCAUAUUGGUUUUAAGCCAAAAUACUAAAAGAGAGUCUGGCCGUAAAGUGCAGCUGGAGAAUAUAAAUGCCGGAAAGGCCAUUGCCGAUGUCAUCCGUACCUGCUUGGGUCCUCAGGCCAUGUUAAAAAUGUUGAUGGAUCCCAUGGGUGGUAUUGUCAUGACUAACGAUGGUAACGCCAUAUUGCGUGAAAUUACCGUACAACAUCCAGCUGCCAAGAGUAUGAUCGAAAUUGCUCGUACUCAAGAUGAAGAAGUUGGUGAUGGUACCACUUCGGUCAUUGUUUUGGCCGGCGAAAUGUUGGCUGCUGCCGAACCUUUCCUACAACAACAAAUCCAUCCUACUGUCAUUAUUAGAGCUUAUCGUGAGGCAUUAGAGGAUAUUGUUAAGCACCUGCAAAGCGAUUUGAGUGUGCCUUUGGAUUGUAACAAUAGGGAAAAAAUGGCUGAAGUGGUGAAAGCUUGUGUCGGUACUAAGUUCAUUGGUAAAUGGUCUGAGAUGGCUGUAAAGAUUGCCUUGGAUGCUGUACAGACUGUUACAUUGAACGAGAAUGGUCGUUUGGAAGUUGAUAUUAAGCGUUAUGCUAAAGUUGAGAAAAUUCCCGGUGGUUCCAUCGAUGAAUCUUGCGUCUUGAAGGGUGUUAUGAUCAACAAGGAUGUUACCCAUCCCAAAAUGCGUCGUCAUAUUGUUAAUCCACGCAUUGUCCUUCUCGACUGUUCGUUGGAAUACAAAAAGGGUGAAAGCCAGACCAAUGUUGAGAUUAUUGGCGAGCAAGAUUUCACACGCAUGUUGCAAAUCGAAGAAGAGUUCGUACAGCGUAUUUGUGCCGAUAUUAUUGCUGUCAAACCCGAUAUUGUUUUCACCGAAAAGGGUGUUUCCGAUUUGGCUCAACACUAUCUGUUGAAGGCUGGUAUUACAGCUAUUCGUCGUUUGCGUAAAACCGACAACUUGCGUAUUGCUCGUGCUUGUGGUGCCACAAUUGUUAAUCGUACCGAAGAGUUGACUGAAAAGGAUGUUGGCACUGGUGCUGGCCUCUUUGAAAUCAAGAAAUUCGGUGAUGAAUACUUCACUUUCAUUACAGAGUGCAAGGAUCCUAAGGCCUGUACUAUUUUGUUGAGAGGUGCUUCCAAGGAUAUUUUGAAUGAAACUGAACGUAAUUUACAAGAUGCCUUACAUGUGGCACGUAAUUUAGUUUUGGAGCCACGUUUGGUAGCUGGUGGUGGUGCCAUUGAAAUGGCUUUGUCACAACUCUUGACUCGCAAACAAUUGAAGGGUCCCUAUACCGCUGUAGCAGAAGCUUUGGAAAUCAUUCCUCGUACUUUGGCUCAAAAUUGUGGUGCCAAUACCAUUCGCACCUUGACUGCCUUGAGAGCUAAACAUGCCUCCCACUCCGGUGAGGGUGUAUGCGCCUGGGGUAUUGAUGGUGAAUCGGGUGAAAUUGUUGACAUGAACGUUAAGGGCAUCUGGGAGCCAUUGGCUGUUAAAAUGCAAACCUAUAAGACCGCCGUUGAAACUGCCAUUCUUUUGCUGCGUAUCGAUGAUAUUGUUUCCGGUUCCAAGAAGGGUGAUGGCAUUACUAAUCCCGCUGCUGCUGCUGCCGGUGGUGAACAAUAAACAUCUACAAUUUGUUCUUACUUAUGUAUUAAAUCAUAUAUUUUUUUCUUUUGCUCUAAUUUAUCGUUUAAUAUUAAUUUCUUCUUAUUUCUUUCUUUAAAACACAAUUGAAACAAAAACAAAAAAAUUAUCAAACAAAAAAUCACCCUGCAUUUAAUGAGAAAAACUAUUGUAAACGUUUAAGAAACUGUGUUUCUAACGUUAAAGCCGUUAAAAUUAAAUUGAAAGGCUUUAAACAAAUUCACCAUACACACACCCACUUUUCUUUUAAUCUUAUUUUUUUUUUGUUAAACUCUAUUUACUCGUCGCUUAAGCUUGUGUUCUCUCAUUAACAUUUAUAUAAUGGAAAUAAUAAAACAAAAAAACAAAAAUUUACAAGAAAGUGAAAAAACAAA